AUGGUGUUGAAUGUUGUCAAGGGGAGUAUCUUUGUGUUUCUAAUAGGACUUGGCAUUGUGGGGAACGUCCUUGUUCUUGUGAACUAUAUGGGCUUGUUUAGAAGCACCAUGAAAUCUAUCCACCUCGUUCUCAUCCACUUGGCUUUUACAAACAUGAUGACACUUCUUACUAGAGGCAUGCCAAGGACAGUAUCCAGUUUGGGGUUGAGAAGCCUCAUAGAUGAUAUGGCCUGUAAGGUGGUGGUUUACCUCAGCAGGGUGGCCCGGGGCCUGUCCAUCUGCACCACCAGUCUCCUCACGGUGGUCCAGGCCAUCACCAUCAGCCCCAGAGCCUCCAGGUGGGGGAGGCUGCAGCCCAGGUCUGCAUGGCACCUGCUUCCCUUGUUGCUCUUCUGUUGGAUUCUCAAUUCCGUGAUAAGCAUGAACUUACCGUUUUAUAUCAAACACAUCAGAAGUAUGAACACAUCAGAAGUUACUAGAAGUGAUAAUUUCUGUUAUUUUCAAUCACAAAACUGGACAAUUGGAUGGAUUUUUAUUGUUCUCAUGGUCCUUCGAGAUGCUGUGUUCCAGGGUGCCAUGGGCGGGGCCAGUGGCUACAUGGUCUUCCUCCUCCACAAGCACCACCAGCAGGUGCUCCACCUUCAGACCUCCAAGCUCCUUCACAGAACCCCCCCUGAGGUGAAGGCUGUGAAGAGUGUCCUCCUUCUGAUGCUCUGCUUUCUCUUCUUCUAUUGGACAAAUUGUUUUUUGUCUUUAUAUGUAACUUUCUCUGUAGAGAAUAAUUUCAUAGAAGGAAGUGCUGUAGAAUUUGUGGACCUGGGGUACGCAGUCCUCAGUCCACUUGUGCUGAUGCACAGGGAUGGACACCUGGCUGAGUGUCGGCAUGUGUCUGUUUCAAUGAUUUUUCAAUAA